UCAAAAACAUACGGCGUUUCUGGCGCUUAUUUUUGCUUUCAUUCUUAGAAAAGUAGCCUUUCUCCAAGAAAGUAGCUUUAUUUUUUAAUUCCAUUAAAAUAACUAUUAUGCAAGUCUAUACAAUUUAGUAAUGGAAGAAGAAAAACUCCUGAGAAGGAAGAAAAAAGCUCUAAAUGGUAGCAACAGGAGGGCUUUUGCAGAGGCAUGUAAUGAUUUGGCGACGUUUUAUUACAAACAGAAUAGAUAUAGUGAUGCUCUUGACGAAUAUAAGGCGGAAGCGUCGAUAUGUAAAGACUUGGGACUCCGCAUGGAGUGGGGCACUUGCAACAGGAUGAUCGGGGAAAUGUACAUGUUGAUGGCGGAGUUUGAUAAAGCUUUGAAGUAUGAAGAACGACAUUUAGCUGUGGCAAAGGAGUUGAAGAAUCUAGUUGAAGAACAGAGAGCUAUGGCAACUCUUGGACGGAUAUACUUACUACAGGGACAAAGCUCCACCAAUGAGGAUGAAGCCAGUACCUCAUUGAAAGCUGCAGAGAAAGCCUUCAUGAAGAGUCUUGUAUUGUGUGAGAGUCUAAAUGGAAAAAUAAACAAACAUGAGCUGAUGGACAUGAGAGCCCGGUUACUCCUAAACAUUGGUGUAGUUCAAGAACACCUUGGUUUUUUCGACAAAGCACUGGAUUGUAUAAACAAGGCUAUAACCAUCUGCUCCCAUCAAGAUUUGUUUGAUGUUCUGCAUAAUUGUUACACCACUGCAGCUUUGCUUCAUGCUAAUAAGAAAAAAGAUUUUGCUAAGGCAUUGAGCUGUUUGAACAAAGCUUUGGAAGUAGCCAGUAGGCUUGAAGAUAAGGUGUUGAAAAUGUGUGAGACCUUAUCAUCAAAGGCAGACAUUUUGUGUAAAAUGUCAGACUAUCAGAGUGCUAAACAAGUAUUACUAAAAGCUUGGAAAAUGAAGACCCCUGAUGAAGAUGAGAGAGAAAAUAUUGAGUCCAAUCUUAAAGUUGUUGCAGCAAUGUGCUACACAGAAGACCUACUCAUUUCAACCAACCCCACUGACCAUACUACCUUCAAGAAACUCUAUGAGAAACUUGGAGACGGUGCUUGUCAUCUGAAGAACUACGCUGGAGCCGUGGAGUAUUAUUUGAAGAUGUUGGACCAUGCUGAGUUAGCUGGCGACUGUGGGAAGACGCUUAUACCUAUCUAUGUUAGCUUAUAUCAAACCUAUAAGGACAUGGGUUGCUACAAUGAAGCUCUUCAGUAUUAUGAAAAGGAAUAUGAACUGAUAAAGGAUGUACCUAAAGAGGCUUUCACUACACUGUACAAUAUCGCCGAAGCACUAUUCUUAGCUAAGAAACCAUAUCACCAAGUCGAAAAAGCUUGCCUUGACGCUAGGAAAGCUGCCCAAGAUUGGGACAAAAAGAAAUACGAAAUUCGUGUUCUGAAAACCUUGUUAAAGUAUCAAGAAGACUAUUUUGAGACUGACAAAAUUGAGGAGACGAAAUCAGAACUGAGAGUGUUAGGCUAUGACGAUUUUGAUAAUUUAGAUAAUUCAGAGGAUGAACAGAGCUCUACUGGUGGGGACGAAGAUACGACGCACAUUGGUGACGAUAUAUGUCUAGAUGAUCUUACAGACCUCUCUGACACAAAUGAAGAGGAAGUGACGGAAACGAAACGCGAGACCCGAAAGAGAGGGAAAGGUUUUGCCAUCAAGAAGAAUAUGAAGGGAGAAACACAGUUGCAUGUGGCAUGCAUAUCAGGCAACAAAUUGCUAGUAGAAAGGUUGAUAGCUAAGGGGCACCCAGUUAAUAUACGAGACAACGCGGGCUGGCUACCUUUACACGAAGCAUGUAUCCACGGACAUGUAGAGGUAGCUAAUAUAUUGAUCAAUAACGGUGCUAACGUUAACGAUAGAGGCGGCGUCAAUUGUGAUGGAAUAACACCUCUAUACGAUGCGGCAAGCAAUGGCCACUUAGAAGUAGUCCAACUGUUAUUAGAAAAAGGCGCAAUACCGUCUCUAAAAACUGACUAUGGCGAAACACCCUUACAAGUUCUACAAAAAUGGCGAACUGGUACCAUACUUACUAAAGAUGAGGAAGUGUUGUAUAAAAAUAUUUGUAACAAAAUAAAUGGUUACGUUGACAAGAACAAUAUGGAUACUUUAAAUAGGUCCAAAUCAAAAACUCCCGUUAAGCCUAUAAAAGAUGUAACACCACCUAGUACGUCAAAAAUGAAGAGUAAGAUCGAAGACUUAAUAUCUCCAGCGAAAAGACGGAAUAUUAUUGACGAUGACAGUGAUGAUGACUUAGACUUGUCACAAAAUGUAAGAAAUCAAGUUGCAUUUCCUUCAGACGACUCGAACUCUUCUGACGAUGGUUCUAGAACAAAGAAAGAUAAGAGUUCAGGUGUUAAGGCUUAUAGAGAAGCGAUAUCAGCACUUAGAAACAGAAAUAUAAUUGACUCGCCAGACGAAGGUGUAAGGAAAUCUAAACCGAAACCGGCUUUAUUAACUGCCGAUGAAAUUGAAGAUGAUUGGCUUGAUGAUGAUUUAGGAAUUAAUAAGCAGAAUAAAAAACGGAAACUCAGUGACCCAUUAACUACUGUAGCCAAAAAACCGUCAUACGAGAAUAUCAAGGAGAAAAUUGACAAUAUUAAUAAACUAACUGAACCGCUUUUGGAAAGUAACAGAUCUAACAUAAAUACGAAGAAGUCACGAAUCAGCGACAUUGUAGAUGUAAGCGAUAACAGUUCAGACAGUGAUCAGUUUCAGAGGAACGAAAAUAUGUGUCCUAAAGUUUCUCCUUCAGACUCUAUGAGGAAUAUAACAAGGGAACUUAACAAUACUCUAUCUAGAGAUAGUAGAGAAAAUAUGAGAAGGCGAUGGAAAACGCAGUCAACAUUAUUGAAAGCUGGAUUUCAAAGGAAAAAGGACGAUGUCGACCAAUCGAGUAACAGUAGUAGUGACAAUGAGUUUGCAACGCGGAAACAAAAACAAACAUCUACUGGAUCGUUUUCAAGGAAAUCUUCCGGUGAAAACUUUUUCAACUCCAAUGACGGCUUUAACGUGGUACAAAGUAUAAACCCUGUUAUAAUGCCAGCAAUGAAUGUGAUACAGCCUAUUAAUAUUGUUCAACCGUCGAAGAGUGGAAGGCCAAUGCAGACGCAGAUUGUACAACCGGCAGCUGUGAAGGUCCAAGUAGAAGACAAAGUGUUGCUUAUCUCGCUAAAGUUAGACACGAUAAACAAAUUGACAAUCAGUUGGCUGGUUGACGAGGUGAAAUCGAGAUAUUACAAAUUGACAGGCGUGCGUCCAGUAUUCAGUCUAAUGACGUCAGAUGGUGCAAUACUUUCGGAAGAUGACCCAUUGAGCUUAGUCCUGUCUUCCCCGGAACUGAAAACUUGCAUCACCAACUGGAAAGCAUCCCCCGCCGAUGAGCGGUAUCUAGAAUGCUGCGAGGCUUUGGGAAUUGCGUGUUCAGAAGAAAUACAGCAAGCAAUAGGCAGAAGUCACACGACACAUCGCCUCGCUCUCGGCUCAAAAACUUUAGCACCUUCCCAAAUCCGGCCUCUGUUCAGAGCUUUAAACCACCAAACACACAUCACUGCCAUCAUGAUAUCAGACAACAAUAUAAGAGACGACGGAGUCAAAUAUCUCACCGAAUGUCUAUGUACAAUGAGACAUAUAACCCAUUUAGAUGUAAGCAUGAACAACAUAACAGCUGAAGGAACGAAAAUCGUAUUAAAUAUGAUAGAAAAAUCCACCAGACCAGUAUUACAAACAUUAGAAGAAUUAGACCUAAGUGGCAACCCUAUAUCAGAUGAUGGAUUUAAAAAUAUAGAAAAACUAUGCCAACAUGUGAAAUUAAAAGUGCUAAAAAUGAAUUAUUGCAACAUAACAGAGAAUGCUAUAAAUGAAAGCAAUGAAAAUAUGAAUUUUGAAAGCUUGGAAACUAUCGAUAUGAGCAACAAUAGUGUAAAAAUGCCAUUUGUAGGUUGUUUAAUGAGAUCACUGAAUCCGAAUUUAUUGACAGAUUUAGAAUUGGAUAAUGUAGGUGUGGAGGGGAAUGUGGUUGGGUGUAUAGCGUCAUUCAUGGAUUCAGCGAAGGAAUUAAAGAUUAGGAGGUUUGGUUUGUCUAAUUGUAAGCUGGUGGAUGGACAAUUCAUGAGAUUGUACAGAUGCUUUGGACGCGCUAAACAUUUGCAAACAAUGACACUGAAAAACAAUCUUCUAACUUUCAUCACAUUGAAGAAACUCUUACAACGACAACCACCUGUACCUCAAAUCAACUUAGAAGGCUGUCAAGACAUCUUUAAGUACUCCCCGGACUCGGAUUUCCAAGUGUGGUUGCCAGCUAUUGACUUUGGAAGGUGUAUUCCUGAGAUAAACAUCACGCCAGUGUCGAAAACAGAUGAGGAAAGAGAUAGUUUCAAAUCCUUCUCUAAGACAUGGCUUAAUUGCUUCAAAGGACGAGGCAUUAUUGAACAUUGUGACGGAGGCGUUAUUAAGUUUACUGCUAGGUGAUAUCAUAACAGACAACAAACAACACGUAUAACACGUAAUAUAUUCACGUUUUACUCAAUAGCAUUUGAUUUUUCAGUGUAAUUUGACAGUAAAUGAGGUUACAACUUAAAGUUAGGUCUGAUUUUUGUGAAACUUGUUUGUAUUUGGUGGAGGUGUUUUUACAGCUAACCACGCCCGUAGUGGAGCAGCGCGGUGGAGCAUGAUCCAUACUCCCUUGUUGAUAAUGAAAUUAAUUAUAUUGAUACUCGGCAACAACAGAAAAAUCUACCGUAAUUAAAUUAUUUUGUAAAUAAACUCUCUAGAUUUUAAGAGUGAAUUUCUUAUGAAUCUUUGAAUA